AUGGCGGCGCUAGCGCCGCUCCUCGCCGCCGCCGCCGUCGCGUUCCUGGCCGCCGUCGCGCAGGCCGCCGACCCCUUCGCCUUCUUCGACUGGGACGUCUCCUACAUCACCGCCUCCCCUCUCGGCGUCCCGCAGCAGGUUAUUGCAAUCAACAAGCAGUUCCCAGGCCCUAUCAUGAAUGUCACCACCAACUACAAUGUGGUCGUCAAUGUGCUCAACAGCUUGGACGAGCCCCUGCUCAUCACUUGGGAUGGGAUCCAGCAGCGCAAGAAUUGCUGGCAGGAUGGGGUUCUCGGCACCACCUGCCCCAUACCGCCGGGUUGGAACUGGACUUACAACUUCCAGGUCAAGGACCAGAUUGGCAGCUUCUUCUACUUUCCACCCCUCGGUAUGCAGCGUGCCGCAGGGGGUUUCGGAGGUAUCACUGUCAACAACCGCGCGGUGAUCUCAGUCCCAUUCGACACGCCCGAUGGGGACAUCACGCUGUUUAUCGGGGACUGGUACAAGAUGAACCACACGCACCUGAGGAAGAUGCUUGAUGAUGGGAAGGAGCUGGGGAUGCCAGACGGUGUUUUGAUGAAUGGCAAGGGGCCAUAUAGGUAUAAUGACUCACUCGUGCCAGAUGGCAUUGAGCACGAGACUAUCAAAGUUGAGCCAGGAAAAACAUACCGUUUCCGUGUCCAUAAUGUUGGUGUCUCCACAAGCUUGAACUUAAGGAUUCAGAAUCACAACAUGGCCCUUGUUGAAACAGAAGGUUCAUAUACAAUGAAGCAGAAUUUCACUAAUCUCGACAUCCACGUGGGCCAGUCUUACUCAUUUUUGGUCACUAUGGAUCAGAACGCAAGCAGUGAUUAUUACAUUGUGGCCAGUGCUAGGUUUGUGAAUGAAUCACUCUGGACCAGAGUCACCGGUGUUGCGAUUUUGCAAUAUUCAAAUUCAAAGGGCAAAGCAUCUGGUCCUCUUCCUGAUCCACCAAAUGAUGAGUAUGACAAAACUUUCUCAAUGAACCAGGCACGCUCAAUCAGGAUGAACGUGAGCACUGGUGCUGCUCGUCCGAAUCCUCAAGGCUCAUUUCACUAUGGCUCUAUCAAUGUGAGCCAGGUUUACAAGCUGAGGAAUGAACCACCUGUUAUCAUCAAUGGGAAGAAACGGACUACACUGAGUGGUAUCUCUUAUUCGCCACCUGAUACUCCUCUGAGGUUGGCAGAUCUCUAUGACAAGAAGGAUGUCUACACACUCGACUUCCCUACAAUGCCAAUUGAUGGACCGCCAGUGAUCAGAACAUCUGUCAUUAACUCCACAUACAAGAACUUUUUGGAAAUUGUAUUUCAGAACAACGACACAACUGUCCAAACCUACCAUAUCGAUGGAUAUGCAUUCUGGGUUGUAGGAAUGGACUAUGGCGAGUGGACUGAGAAUAGCCGUGGUACUUACAACAAGUGGGAUGGUGUUUCUCGUUGCACGACUCAGGUGUUUCCGGGAGCAUGGACCGCUGUGAUGCUGUCACUUGACAGCCCAGGGUUUUGGAAUGUACGGACGGAAAACCUGGACACAUGGUAUCUGGGUCAGGAGACUUACAUCAGGGUGGUGGAUCCAAAUGGAGGCUAUAAUGUUACUGAGAUGGUGGCUCCAGACAACAUGCUUUACUGCGGCCUCCUCAAGGAUAAACAGAAGGCUCAGAAGCCUCAUGGUUCAAGGUCAUCAGCCUCUGCGGCAAAACUGAACUAUCAUGUGCUUGUGGUUUUGCUCGCUUUGGUAGCCUUGGCGUUGGGCCUUUGA